AAACCUGAAGAGGCCGCUAUUCAGUCUUUAAGUUGCUGUGAUUGUGCGAGUCCGACGACCUUCCCAGAAUGGAACCGGCUUGCAGAUUCAGCAAUGGAUUGUAUUUGGCAAACUUGACAAUGACAUCCAGUAUUCUUAUGGAUUCAUGGGAUGUGAUAUCUAAAUCUCAACCGGCUAAUCAUGUAGAACUAAACGAGGACCAUCCAGAUUACAAGAUCAUUGCCAUUGUCAGGUCACCGAUCCCUGCAAGUUAUCCUAAAAGUAAAGGGCAGUUGGUUCCUAUCCAGGAGAAAUCUGAGUUUCCCUUGCUGUGCUCCGCUACUCCUCCGUCUCUUUUGAUAAAUGAAGAUGCUUUGGAUCAGUUUAACGCACUUCGUGAGGACUUCCGUCAACUACAAGAAAAGAUUAAACCUUCUUCCGUUCCAGAGGCGUCUACUUCUUCCACCAAAACGGAGAGAAAGGACCCUAUCUGCUAUAUUAUCACAGGGCAUGGUCUGUAUGGAUCCGUUGCAUCCCUUUUUACAUUGUGGCUUCUGAACAAGCUCGAUCCAACCGAAUUCAAUCUCCUUUGUAUCACAUUUGGAUCACCCCUCCUAGGGGACACCGCUUUCCAACAAGCAGUAUCGCGCCAUCUGACAUGGAAUUCUUGCUUCUUGCAUGUGGUUCACAAGGAUGACAGUGUCCCUAGAUUAUACCUUGUUCCGCCCCCCGCUGACCAAAGUCUAUACAAGCCAUUUGGUACAUUCCUUUUGUGCUCUGAAUCAGGUGGGGCAUGUUUCCAAGCACCGGAAUCCAUAAUCGAGUUGCUCAAAUACGGGAACCAAGAAGAUGUUGCUGAAAAUCAAGAGUCCACACCUAUCGAUUAUAAGAACGUGAUUGAACGUCUUGAGGAAAUGCAUUAUGAGUCUAGCUUUCUCGGAUUCGGCGAUGAAUUAUAUUUGGCAAACUUGGCUGUGUCAUCCAAUCUACUUAAAGAUUUGUGGAAUGCGACAUCUAAACUUGAAGGCAAUGGACCUGUAACCAUCAUUAAUGACCAUCCAGAUUACAAUAUCAUUGCCUUUGACAGCUCGCCGGUCGCUACAAGUAAUCUUCAACAGGAAAGCUCCUUGGUUCCUGAAUCGGAGAUAUCUGACUCUCAGUUCCAAUGCUCCGAUCCUCAUCCAUAUUUUUGGAUAAAUAAAGAUGCUUUUUCUCGGUUUGUUUCUCUUCGUGGCAAAUUAUCUGAACUACUAGAAGAGGUUAUAACUUCUUCCGAGCCACAGGCCUCUAGUUCUUCAGCCAAAAAGCACAACAAAAAGAAACCUAUCCCCUAUAUUAUCACAGGACGUGGUCUGAAUGGAUCCGUUGCAUCCCUUUUUACACAGUCGCUUCUGAGCAUGCUUGAUCCAACCAAGUUCAAACUCCUUUGCAUCACUUUUGGUUCUCCCCCCCUUUGGGACACUACCUUCCAUUGCGUCACUUUUGGUUCUCCCCCACUCUGGGACACUGCCUUCCAACCCGUAUCGCGCCUGACAUGGAAUUCUUGCUUCUUGCAUGUGCUUCAUAAGGAUGACUUGGUUGGUCGAUUAUUUGUUGUUCCUCAAUACAAGCCGCACGGUACAUUCCUUUUGUGUUCAGAAUUGGGUGAUGCAUAUUGCCAAGAUCCCGAACCCGUAAUCAAGAGGCUCAAAUAUGAGAAGCCGGAAGCUGUUGCUGAAAAUCAAAGCUCCCGAGCUUUCGAUUAUAAGGCCGCUCUUGAAUGUCUUGAGAAGAAACUUUUAGAGAGGGAUUAUGAAGCAGGGAUUACUGGUCAAGUCACAGCAGUUGGCCUCUCGGAACGUCAGCAGCAGGAUGGGGGCAUCUCUGGUCUCGUUAAAAACAUUGUAGCCUACGAAAGACUCGUCAGAGAGCAACAGAGAGAGGAAUUCAAUCCUUCCCAGUUGGAGAAAGCGAGAGUGCUCAUGGCAAAAUUGGAGUGGUACAUUAAUAAAUGCAGAAACGAGGGCCAGGGUCCCGGUUAUUAUGACAGCUUCAAGGAUGAACCAGAACUGUACGGCCCUGAAGUUAUUGAUUUCCAGUCAGACCUGAAUGCCUAUUGGAAGAAGGUGGUCGAAGAUGCGGACAAGAAGCCUCAACUACCGAAUGCGCCACUGCGGAAACGGUGGCUUUUUGCUGGGACAAAUUACCGGAGGAUAGUCGAACCGCUCGACAUAGCAGAGUAUUACAGGAGCAGACGGAGGGAUUACCUGACUCGUGAAAGAUCCAAUCACUACAAGAAGCUGGAAGUUUGGCUAGAAGAUCACCAAAAGGGGACCAAAAAGGAGAAGGGCAGACCAGAUGGUCCUUCUAAAUCAAAAGUGGUGAAUGUGACAGAGGAUUCAUGCUUUUGGGCACAUGUGGAGGAAGCGAUCCUGUCAUGCAGUCGGCGGGGCAAAACCAGAGCGCCACCACCAUCAGUUGAUCCAGAAGGAAAGAAGCCAUUCAACUUUGGGGAGCAUGUCAUGGAUUUGAUCGAGAGGAAGAAAGUUUCUUCCGACAUAUUCUUUGAGAAAAGCAGGUAUAUGCAGUGGUGGAGGGAGUAUCGGGAGAUGUUGAGCAAGAAAGUUGAGGAAGUUUCUCAUUCUAACCACUCAGAAGGACUCGUCAAUUACAUGGAGGAACUUAGGUAUAAAUAUUAUGAUCAAGGUCCGUCGACUUCUGGAGGUCCUCAGGGCUGACAAAGCUGGUUUCACGAGGAAUGGCCGACAUGAAGGUUAUGCUGAUAAGUAACAGUUGUCAGUCCCAUGUCUGUAUGAUUAAGCAUUUUUGCCAUAUUUGCAUGCGAAUAAUUCGACAUUUAUC